AUGACGGAAACUUCUGCGCUGUCUGAUAUACAAGUGGUAGAGGCGGGUUAUGUGGACUCAGACGAAGACGUGCCAAUGGCUGAGAAGGAUCUGGCUGAGGAUGCACAAUGGAAGAUUAUACAGAAAAAUACGUUUACGCGAUGGGUAAACGAACAUCUAAAGAAGGCUAAUACUCACAUUGAUGACUUGGAGACGGAUUUCUCCGAUGGAUUGCGUUUAAUUGCGUUGAUCGAAGUUCUCACACAUCAUAAAUUCCGUCAUAUAAAUAAACGACCGACAUUCAGAACUCAAAAAUUGGAAAAUGUAACUACUGCUUUGAAUUAUCUUGAAGAAGUGGAGGGUCUGCGUUUAGUGAGCAUCGGUAUGUUUUUCUGGGCUUUGGAUUUAAUGAAAGCCUACAGAUAG